AAAGUGAGAAGCAUAUUUGUGAGAAGUGACAGUAUAAAAUGUGUUGCGUUUUUUUUUACCUGGGCGGAACAUUUGUUUUCCACAGGGCGUGACAGACACUCCUAGCUGACUGCAACUAUAUUAAAAAGUAAGAAGGAGUUGACUGCAUCUUGGCUUUUUUUAAACAGAAUUUCCACAAUCUUUUAUUACUGCUUAAUAGAAAACAUUUCCAGCCGCUACGAAGUUUCCGAGGUGUCCCUGAAGGCAACGUGACUCUCCACUUCCUGUUUGCCGUAACUUUUCGGCUCCUCGGAGCAGGACGGGAUUCAGCUCGGACACCAGACGCUGUUAACUGCAGCCGCCGGUUCCGGCCCUGCCAUGACCCAGCAGGAACAGCAGCAGUUCGCUGAGAGCCUGGAGGCGGCGCUCUCCUGGAUCCAGGACGUUCAGGAGAGGGUGAACGCCAAUGACAGCACGCUGGGGCCCCUGGACGCCCUGAAGGUCCGACUUGAUGAGACAAAGAAAAUCUAUCAGUCCAAACAUGAAGGCCAAAUGAAGAUGGCGGACGCUCAGACGGCGGCUCAGAUUCUUCUGGAGAGUGAAGAUGAGGAGUUACACAAAAGGACCAACGCUAAGCUCAAAGAGCUGAAGAGCAUGUGGGAUGAGACGGAACAAUCCAUCACUCACUGCCACAGCCGCAUUGAGUGGGUGUGGCUCCGCUGGAGAGAAUACCUGAAGAUCUACGAGGAGUUUGAGUUGUGGCUGGAAAAGCAGCGCUGCUACCUGGAUGUGGAUGUGGAGCAGCAGGUGGGAGCCAAGGAGAAGCUGUGGCAGGUGGAUCAGCAGAGGGUGGUGCUGAGCGACGUCCGUGCCAAGGUGGCGGUGCUGGAGAGGCUGCUGGAGGAGGCGGCGACGCUGUACAGUACAACCCAGGACCCCAGCGUUGAUUCACAGACACAGGAGAGACUGCAGGAAUCCUACCAUGACAUCAAAUCCAGGAGUGAGGAGCGCCUGGCCCUUCUUCAGAGGAUCAGUGAUGAACAUUACCAGUACCAAGACUACGUUGACAAGUUUCAGGCCUUCCUUUUGUCCAAAACUAAAGAGCUGAAUCAGCUGAUGCCGCCGGAGGAGCCGACGGAUGGAAAAGUCAAAACCCUGAAGGCUCUGGAUUACAGUGUGGCGUGUGAAGAGAAGACUCUGAAGUAUAUUGAAGUCAUUGCGGAUGGCAUUAAGGCUAACACAUCUCCUGCAGGAGCGGAGGUGGUGCAAGAGGAGGCUGAGGAGCUGAGACUAGGCUGGCAGCGGCUGAGGCAGGAGCUGUUUGAAGCAGGGGAGGCUUUUGGCUGCAGUCUGGACUCCCACAGCCUUGACUCCCCAAAUCUAGACUCCCCCAACUUGGUCCGCGACAAUCUGGUCCCCAACGAGCUGAACUCCAACAGCCAGGACUCCUCCAACUUGGUUGUCUAUAGGCUGGACUCCCCCAACCUGGUCCCUGACAAGCUGAACUCCAAUAGCCGAGACUCUGCCAACCCAGUUCUCUUCAAAUUUGACUCCCAGAGUCUGGACUCCCCCAACCCAGAUUCUCUAGACCCGAUUCCCCACAAGGCAGACUCCCACAGCCAGGACUCCCCGAACCUGAUCCUCGACAAGCUGAACUCCAAUAUCCAGGACUCUGCCAACCCGGUUCUCUACAAGUUGGACUCCCAGAGUCUGGACUCCCCCAACCCAGAUUCUCUAGACCCGAUUCCCUACAAGGCAGACUCCCACAGCCAGGACUCCCCCAAACUGGUCCUCAACAAGCUGAACUCCAAUAUCCAGGACUCUGCCAACCCGGUUCUCUACAAGUUGGACUCCCAGAGUCUGGACUCCCCCAACCCAGAUUCUCUAGACCCGAUUCCCUACAAGGCAGACUCCCACAGCCAGGACUCCCCCAACCUGGUCCUCAACAAGCUGAACUCCAAUAUCCAGGACUCUGCCAACCCGGUUCCCUACAAGUUGGACUCCCAGAGUCUGGACUCCCCCAACCCAGAUUCUCUAGACCCGAUUCCCUACAAGGUAGACUCCCACAGCCAGGACUCCCCCAAACUGGUCCUCAACAAGCUGAACUCCAAUAUCCAGGACUCUGCCAACCCGGUUCUCUACAAGCUAGACUCCCAGAGCCAGGACUCCUCCAACCUCGUCCCUCACGAGGUAGACUCCCCCAACCCGGACCUCCACAGCAUGAAAUCCCAAAAUGAUUACAACGACCGGAACCAGCAGCUGGAGCUGGACAUUUUACGCCUCAAGGUUCUGCUGCAUGACCUGGAGACUAAGCUGAAUAACCCCCCGUUUUACUCGCACAACUAUGAGGAUCAGAUGUUGGGCAGGUGGAGAACCUUCGAGGACACAAGGAAACAGCUGGAAGAGCAGGAGUCCCACGUGGAGAACCUCAAAGCUCAGUAUGAUGAUCUCCUCAAGCGCUCGGCGAACUCUCACUUCCUUUCUGAAGAAAUGGUGGCUGUGGAUACGGAGCUCCAGAGGAUGAAGUCCAGAGCGACCGAGCUGUGUUUUAAGUCCCAGACCAGGGUGGAGGAGCUCUUACAAGAGUCACUGCAGGAAUACGCCAACUGGAGCCUCAGAGCUUCCAAGGCUCUGGAGAAAUCUGCAGGAGUCAACGACUCCUCACUGAUCGAAGAUCCCAUCAUUGAGAUAAAUGUUCUGCUGAAUGAGAGGUAUGACUUGAACAAUCGUCUCAGUGCGCUGGAGCAGACGGGCGACCAGUUCGAGUCCAUUUUUGAACCAGAGAAAGCCAACGACAUGCUGGUCAAGCUGAGGGACGCCAUCCAACAGCAGGAGCUGCUGGACAACCAGAUGGUCCAGGAGAAGGAGCGGAUGCGGGGUUUAAUUUUGGGAACCAAAGACUUUGAUGUUGGCUAUAAGAAGGUUGAAGCCAAGAUUGCAUCUUUCAGGGAGCGUCUUGAGGAAGCUGAUACCCCACAGACCGACGUCUUUGCCAUUCAGAAGCAGUCAAAGGACAUCAGAGCUCUCAUGAAGGACUUGGAGGACUUUUGGGAUCACUUCCUAGCUCUGGAUUUGCUGGUUUCCACCAGUGAGGAGAACAGGAACCUGUAUGAUGGACUGGUGGAAAGCUGGCAGGUGCUGCAGGGGGAGGCCGAGGCGAAGCGAUAUGAAAAAUCUGUCGCCAUAUCGAACCACAAGGACUUCUUAAAAGUAAAGAUGGGAAAAGAAUAUUAUGAAGAAAUGAUAAAGAGGUCGAAGCUGGUGAACCGAGUGUGCCGCGUGGCGCUCCCGCUGUGGCUCCUCCUCCUCACCCUGCUGCUCCUCGCCUGCUUCCUGUUGCCCUUCGUGGAUGAGAGCAACAGUUGCUCCCUCACCAACAACUUUGCCCGCUCGUUCAACGUCAUGCUGCGCUACCACGGGCCGCCGCCCACAUGAGAGGCGGAGCCGGCGUCGGAGUUUGCAGGUUCAAACCGUUUUUCUUUAUUCCAGCAAAACAUUUUGUCUUUUUAAAGUUUUUAAAAGUUUUAAUGUAUAAAAGCUGUAAACUCUUAAAUAAAGUCUGAGGCUUUGAAGAGUUUAAUGCAGUCAAAUGAACGGUUUUUGCUUUAUCCGGGGAUUUUAAUAGAAAAAUUAUGUACCCUUUCAAAAUAAAAUAGCUCAGAAUUUGAAAAUAUAUAUAUAUUAAAACUGUAAGAUCAAUUUCAGAUGGACUUUAUAUCAUUCUUAAAAGCACAGACGUUAUUUGAAUUUUUUUGUUUUUAUUUGAGAUUUUGUGGCUUUUAUCGUUUUCUGUUUGAGUUUUUAAAGUGGUUGUCUUUUUAAAAACGAACCAAAAAAAGCUAAAUUGUUGUGAUACUUGCCUUAUGGAACUUUGUCAAACAGGAACUUCUUUAAAAAAAAGUUGUUUGAAUAAAAUUUUGUUAUAAAAGUGUAA